AUGGUUUGCUUUUCAAAGCGCCGUAAAGGGUUGUUUAAGAAGGCGGAGGAGCUCUCGAUUUUAUCCGGAGCCAAAAUCGGGAUCCUCACUUUCUCUCAAGCUGGGAAGCUUUAUUGCUCUGACGCUGAAAUCCUGAAUUCUCUCCUUUGUUCUCAAGUUGGCAUCCCACAAGACAAAGAGAUCGAAGAUGAUUGGGAAUCUGCUUUUGCUGAAGAUAUGGAAGCCGAAGCUCACUUCUGCUCUCAAUUUGAUUCAUACCCAGAAAAAGAGCUCUAUUGCUCCAACACCAUAGCCGACUCCCUCCUCCGCCGUGAGUUCGAAAUCUCCCCGGAGAAAGAGGCAGGAAAUCAUUGGGAGUUUGAUUUUGCUGAAGCAAUGGCUGGAAAGAAUCUGCCUUUCUGGUUCAACAGAGUUGAUGCUCAAAUUAUGAGCUAUGAAGAGCUUCAGCGCUUUGAGAGAGCAAUUUUAGAGUACGCCCAAAUGCAGCAGGCCAAAACUUCUUAUAAAUAG